UACAAUCUACAUCCGUGAUUCGUGUCAAAUGUCAAAGUCAAAUCCGCCAGUCAUCUAAAUCAAAAUAAAUAAUCAACUUAUUAUAAUCAAAAUCAAAAUCAUCUGUGUCUUUGUUUACAUUCAUUUCACGAUUUAUUACCUGAAAAUUUUAAAUAAUACCUUCGUUUAUGAGAACCUACCAAAUGGCUACCGUUUUGAAUCCCAGCAUCGUUAAACAACCUUUCAAAGUCAUUGAAAUACCAUUGAGAAAAUUCUCUGAUGAAGUAGUGCCCCACCAUCAAAACAAUUAUGAGCAAUAUAAAGCAACCAUAAACAAAAUUAUUGUGCCUAUUCAUAAAAUAUACCCUGGUUUUUUCUUGAACAAUGAAAGCAACUCCAAAAGCACCUACCCAAGGUAGGUACUACCUCCACCUAGUACAGAAAGAAGUCUCUCAAGAUCUGAAAACUCAAGUUAUUCCAUAUAUUUUAGCACCACAGUGGAGAUCAAGGAGUGGUGAAGUUGGGUUGGGAGUUGAUAUCAGUCAGUGAUGCUGAACAACUUAAAAAAGAAACCAAGGAUAAGAAAAGGACUAUAAAACAGCUAAGGGAUCUUAUGUAUGAAUUAGAUACUCUGAGGACACAAGUAGAAGAUGAAGAUCUUGAUAAGUUUGACUCAAAAACAUUAUCAUUGCGAAAAAUUUUAAUAAAUCUAGUCAGUGGAUAUUCAGAAUUAGAAAAAGCAGCCAAUAAAAUCGAAAUUAGUCAAACAGAACCAAGCUCUAAAUCAAUGAAUGAAAACAGCCAUCCUUUUGAAGAAGCUAGUCAAAUACAAAUAUUCGAGAAUAUCGAUGAACUGAAAUUGAAAGAGCAACAAGAGCAACUAUCACAUGUAGAGAGCAUCCACAGGGAUGUGGAAGACCUUCAUGAGAUGUACCAAAAUCUCAAUGGAAUCAUCGAUAAACAAGGAGACGACGUUGAGAAUGUGGCAAGGAAUGUUGAUGAAGUACAACAAAAUGUCGAAAGUGGAACAAACCAUUUGAGGAAAGCUCAUAAAUUAACGGCAGUUGCCUAUCCAGUUACAGGAGCUUUCCUUGGUGGCAUCAUUGGGGGUCCCAUCGGAUUAGUAGCUGGACUUAAAGUAGGUGGGAUAGCAGCAUUAGGAUGCGCCAUUGCUGGCUACACUGGUGGUAAGUGGAUCAAGAAAAAGAAUGAGAAUGUGGAAUGCGAGAUGGCGAGUGAAGAAAAGACAGAAGAAUCAGAGAGCGACGGUACAUCACAUAAGAAGAAAAUUUGACACCAGUGUUAUUUAUGCUAAUUUGAAUUAGGGACAUUGAAGUGAAACUUGUUAGCAUUUCCAAGGUUGUUAGACUUUCAGGAGUGCAUAUAGAGACCUAACUUUUUGAGUUAGGUGAUCUUUGAUGACAUUGAAACAUUUCUAGAAAGGAAUUUACAUUUGGUUAUCCCAUAUUUCCAUGCUUGUUAUCUUGAAAUACACUAUAUUUUUUUCCAAGAUCCUAUGCUAAUUUUUUUGUAACAUAUAUCUUUCACAAUGAGAUAAAUAAAUUAGAAACAGUUAAAUAGUUGA